AUGCACGACCUGCCCCCUGACUCGGGCGCACGGCGGGGCGGCGGGGGCUUGGCGGAUCACUACUUUCCUGCAGGAGCCUGGGCUCCAGACCAGCCGCCUUCCCCCCGUGGCGCUGCGGACCACUUUGCUUGUCCGCGGGACUGGGAGUUGGGAGGCGGCGGCCACCUUCAGCGGCAGGUGUCCCCGCCCCGGUCGCCUCCGAGCGAGUCGGGGGGAGGUCGCCUGCGGACUCCUCGGAUGCGGCUGCCCUGCAGCAGAAGCCUAGAGAGCCUCUUGGUGGGUGUCACCGCGCCUCCCUUACAGCGGUGGCCGAGCGACAGCUGGAUCAGGUGCGGCGCACGCGGGGACCAGGACGUUCCCCCGCCACGUGGAGGCGGGAUGGACGGCUGGACCGGGGGGAGCUGCCCCGCCGCCACUCCGGCCGGUCUCCUGCUUCCCGAGGCCGGGGACCCUGGCCGCUCCUUACGGAGCCCUUUCAGGGAUCCUUCGGGGGCUUCUGUAAUGCGAAGUGGCAAAGGAGACGGCCAGGAGGGCUCCCUCUUUCUGAAGCCGCCGGCGGUGACAGUAAAAAAGUUGCAGAAGUGGAUGUACAAAGGACGCCUGCUGUCCCUGGGAAUGAAAGGUCGCGCGCGUGGGACACCCCCCAAAGUCACCGGCUCGCAGGCAGCCUCCCCGGAUCUGGGCACUUUGAAAGUGCGCGCUAGCCAAGCCCUUGCGGUGUCUCCAGACCAAAGAAUUACUCUGACAGAUUUGUUUGAAAAUGUCUGUGAGUCUUCAGUGAAGAAAAGAGAACUUGAAGGUUUGAAGGAUAAUGUUGAAUUCAGAGAUCAUAAACCAUUUACCAGCAUAACGGUUUCAAAGAAACGUAACUGGCUGUAUCAGAGUAAUCUGAAACCCCUUAAUCUGGAAGACUGUAAGAAACAUCAAGAUAUAAGUAAUUUGUCCAUUCCUUCUGUCUCUCUGCCUAAGCAUCAGCUGUCACCAGCAUUCCCCAAAUCGUCUGAAGAAUUUUGUACAUACGUGAUGUCUAGUGCUACAAACUCUUCAAUAUCCAGAAACUCUUUAGAUUUUAAUGAGGAGAACGAUGCAGAUGAUGAAGGAGAAAUCUGGUACAACCCCAUUCCUGAGGAUGAAGACCUUGCCCCUAGUUUUGGUGAGGCAAGCCCUGCUGUUUUAAAACUUCCUGCUCUCGGUUUGAGAGUCUUAGCUAGUAGUGACCCGACCAGAGCAGAGCAGAAUACUGAAGAAUUGCCAUACUCUUCUGAACACACAGGUGAUGUUCAGGCCACACAUCCAAAUGAAGUUAGUUCUGUAGAUCCCGUACAGCAAUAUAAGCAAAGGCUUAGACAUAAAACACCAGAAAAUAUGAUGGUGGAGGACAAUGUGAUGAUGAAAUCUCCCACUGCAGGUCCUGGGAUCCUAGCUACUACAAAUAAGACUGAAUUGGGUGUUGUAGAAACAUCUUCUCCAAGCCCUAGCCCUGUGAAAAAAGGUGGUUCUAUUAAUUGGUCUUUCCCGGAUAAAAUAAAGUCCCCACGGACCGUGAGGAAACUUUCCCUGAAAAUGAAAAGGUUGCCAGAACUUAGCCGAAAGCGGAGUGUUAAAGGAACUUUGAAUUACACAAACUGUCCAGAUAAUGCUCCUCCUUUGUCUAAGUGUAACUAUCACGACAUUCAUCGAACUGUCAUUCUACCUUCUGGCAGCACAACCACUGCUGCCAAGAGGAAUGUUAUAAGCCGAUACCAUCUGGAUAGCAGUGUAUCUUCCCAGCACAGCUAUCAGAAGAAAACCUCCGUGAAUGCCAAGUAUUCCUACAAAGGUGGCUACCUCAGUGAUGGAGAUUCACCAGAGCUUAUAACGAAAUCCAGGAAACAUGGAUCUGAAAACAAGUUUGGAAGAGGAAAAGAAGCUGUUCCAAAUAGUUGUAGCAAAAAUGAAAUAGAUAUCGAUGCUUUUAGACAUUAUAGUUUUUCUGAUCAGCCUAAGUGUUCACAGUACAUAUCUGGACUCAUGAGCGUUCAUUUCUAUGGAGCUGAGGAUUUAAAGCCACCUCGCAUAGACUCAAAAGAUGUCUUUUGUGCAAUUCAGGUAGACUCAGUAAACAAAGCAAGAACAGCUCUACUCACUUGCCGGACAACCUUUUUAGACAUGGACCACACUUUCAACAUAGAAAUUGAAAAUGCACAACAUUUGAAAUUAGUAGUAUUUAGUUGGGAACCAACUCCAAGGAAAAACCGAGUGUGUUGUCAUGGAACAGUUGUUCUCCCCACCUUAUUCAGAGUGACAAAGACACACCAGUUGGCUGUCAAACUUGAACCGAGAGGUCUUAUUUAUGUGAAAGUGACACUGAUGGAACAGUGGGAGAAUUCUCUUCAUGGACUAGAUCUAAAUCGUGAACCAGUGAUAUUUGGAGUUGAUCUUCAAAAAGUUGUAGAGAGAGAAAAUGUAGGAUUGAUGGUGCCACUGCUGAUCCAGAAAUGUAUUAUGGAAAUUGAAAAGAGAGGCUGUCAGGUAGUAGGCCUGUAUCGACUUUGUGGUUCAGCAGCGGUCAAGAAAGAACUUCGAGAGGCUUUUGAGAAAGAUAGCAAAACUGUUAGUCUGUGUGAAAACCAGUACCCAGAUAUAAAUGUAAUAACAGGUGUUCUUAAAGAUUAUUUAAGAGAACUUCCUUCUCCUCUGAUAACUAAGCAGCUUUAUGAGGCUGUAUUAGAUGCAAUAGCAAAAAAUCCUUUGAAAAUGUCAUUCAGUGGUUGUGAGAAUGAUCCAUGUGACUCUAAGUACACUGUUGACCUGCUGGAGUGCCUGCCUGAUGUUGAGAAGGCAACCCUAAAGAUGUUGCUGGAUCAUUUGAAAUUGGUGGCUUCUCAUCAUGAAGUAAAUAAGAUGACCUGCCAGAAUUUGGCUGUGUGCUUUGGACCGGUAUUAUUAAGUCAGAGACAAGAGACUUGUACCUACAACAACAGAGUCUUCACUGACUCAGAAGAGCUUGCAAGUGCUUUGGAUUUUAAAAAACAUAUUGAAGUUCUUCAUUACCUACUCCAGCUUUGGCCAGUGCAGCGUUUACCUGUUAAAGAAUCAACAGACAAUCUGUGUCCUGAGCAGCACUUUUCUGUGAACUAUUUGAGGCGGAAGAAAGAACGGCCUUGCAUGUUAAAUCUGAGUGGUACUGAGACAUUGGGUGUACUUAGGUCAAGGCAUGUCAGGUUAGACAGCCCCCUUAGCAACCGUUAUGCGGGAGACUGGAGCAGCUGUGGAGAAAGCUACUUUUUAAAUACAAAAGAAGAUUUAAAUGAUGUGGAUUAUGAUGAUGUCCCUUCAGAAGACAGAGAAAAUACAGAUGAUUAUGGCAGAAUGGAUGGAACAAAUCUAAUGGUUGAACAGUCAGUCCCAGUGUCCAAAGAGUGUACAUUCCAGACAUAUUUUACAGUGCAGACAAUCGGGUCUAGAACGGAUCAAAAAGUCAACCUUAAAGAUCUGCAGGAAAGUAUUGAUACUUUGAUUGGAAAUCUGGAACGUGAACUCAACAAAAAUAAACUUAAAAUGAAUAUUUGA